AGGUAGCGUCAUGAUUGGCCUACCCUGAUGGCGUCAUGAUCGCUGCUGAUCGCCUUUCAAAUAGGUUUUCAGCAUUCUGCUUACACCUUCGGCAUAGAGUCACAUAUUUCACAAUCCAAGAUCAAUGGAGCUUUGGUACCAACAGCAGCUCUUCUCUCCAUCAUCCAGAAGGGUUUCCAUUUCACAGAAGCUGAGAUCAGUGUUGGAGAUGAUGGUUCGGAACAACCCAUGGAAAGCUUAUCACUCAUUGAUGCUGUGAUGCCUGAUGUUGCAAGUAGUCAACAGGAAAUGCAGAACAAUCAGAAACCACAAGUGGUAAAGACAGAACCACCAAAUUCCAAUGGAUAUGAACCCAUGCAUUCAUAUCCCAACCCCAAUGAAUGCCGGGAAGAGGAAACAGGAGUAGAGAUACCUGCCAGCAAAUCAACUGUACUUCGUGGCCAUGAAUCUGAAAUUUUCAUCUGCGCUUGGAACCCAACAACUGAAAUAUUGGCUUCUGGCUCUGGCGAUAGUACUGCCAGAAUUUGGAACAUGAAUGACAACUCGCCUUCACCAACUCAACUUGUUCUUAGGCAUUGCAUUCAGAAGGGUGGAACUGAAGUUCCGAGCAACAAAGAUGUAAACUACUUGCUUGUAAUAAACUGCUGUCCAUUUUGCCGAAAUGUUGUCUAUUGUUAUCUGUACGUCAGCAAUGAAGCUGCUUAAAACCAAUAAAGAGAAGAAAAGAAACAA